GAUUUUAUUGCUCCUAUGAUCAAGUUUCUAGGACUCUUUGUCUUGUCUGUGUUUCUUGUUGAAUCUGCAAAGGGGAAAACUCAUUACCAUAAGUUCGUUGUGAAGUCAUCAUCUUAUACUCGACUAUGUGCUAGCAAGGACAUAUUGACGGUGAAUGGAAAAUUCCCAGGACCAACAUUGAAAGCACAUAGAGGGGAUAAAAUAGUCAUCAAGGUCUACAACCAAGCCAAUACCAAUAUCACCCUUCACUGGCAUGGAGCUAGACAACCAAGGAAUCCAUGGUCAGAUGGGCCUGAGUACAUCACCCAGUGCCCUAUAAUACCAGGGAAAAUGUACAUUUACAAGAUCGACUUGAAUAGAGAAGAAGGAACUAUAUGGUGGCAUGCACACAGUGGGUGGGCAAGAGCAACAGUUCAUGGAGCCAUUAUAGUUUAUCCAAAUAAGCUUGGAUCUGGCUAUCCUUUCCCAAAACCUUUCUCAGAGAUUCCAAUUAUAUUGGGAGAGUGGUGGAAGAAAGAUGUGAUGGAGAUACCAUCAAAUGCCAAUAAAACAGGAGGAGAACCAAUAUUGUCAGAUGCAUACACCAUAAAUGGGCAACCGGGUUUCCUCUAUCCAUGCUCCAAAAAAGGGACUUUUAGAAUGAAUGUGUUGCAAGGAAAAACCUAUCUUCUUCGGAUAAUCAAUGCAGUAAUGGACGAAAAUUUAUUCUUUGGAAUUGCAAGGCACAAAAUGGUAGUAGUUGGAAAAGAUGGACUCUAUAUAAAACCAAUAGAUACAAAUUAUAUUAUGAUCACUCCUGGGCAAUCCAUGGAUGUUCUGCUUCAAGCAGAUCAACCUCCUUCUCUCUAUUCCAUGGCUGCAGCAGCUUACUCAAGCGCUUUAGGGGCCGGUUUCGAUAAAACAAUGACAACAGCUCUUAUAGAUUAUAGUAUUAAUGCCACAUACUCUUCACCAAAAACUCCAUAUUUGCCAAAUCUACCUCCUCAUAACAGAACAGAAGCGUCAACUGCUUUCACGAAACAAUUUAGAAGCCUGGCAACAAAAGACCACCCAGCCAAAGUACCUCUAGAUGUUGACACUUUCUUGUUCUUCACCAUUUCUGUGAAUCUUCUGAAUUGCAGCAGUGAUGAAAAAUGCACAGGGCCUUUUGGUAAAAGGUUUGCUGCUAGUGUGAACAACAUUAGCUUUGUGACUCCACCUGUGGAUAUACUCCAGGCUUACUACCAUAAAAUCCCAAACGUUUUCAAAAUGGAAUUUCCAAGAAAGCCCCCAGUGGAGUUCAACUACACUGGGGAUAAUCUGCCAGAGAACUUGCUGACACCUUCUUUUGGCACAAGGGUUUUGGUUCUUGAAUACAAUGCUAGUGUGGAGCUGAUUUUGCAGGGCACAAAUGUGUUGGCAAGUGAUAACCAUCCUGUUCAUUUACAUGGAUAUAGCUUUUAUGUUGUUGGGUGGGGUUUUGGUAAUUUCAACCCCAAGGAGGAUCCUUCAAUGUAUAAUCUUGUUGACCCACCUGAGGAGACUACAGUUGGAGUUCCAAAGAAUGGCUGGGUGGCUAUUAGAUUUAAGGCAGAUAAUCCAGGUAUAUGGUUGCUGCAUUGCCAUAUAGAGCGUCAUACCACAUGGGGAAUGAAUAUGGUGUUCCUAGUGAAAGAUGGUGAUGGUCCAACAAGUGGGAUUCUUCCACCACCUCAUGAUUUACCCAAAUGCUAA